AUGACCUGCAUUUCUACAACAAACGAUACCAACAACUGGUGAGUGUCGCCCCUAAAUCUGUAUUCCAGUCUUGAGGCGGAGCGGCAGCUAGGAAGAGCUGAGGAGGCAUGAUGGGACGGAACGGCUAGGAGCCGGACGCGGAUCAGAGGCCACCUAUUCGCCGCUUGCCCCGUCUUCUAGUGGAGCCAUCGGCACGAUCUGUAGCUCGUCCAACGCGUCAAGAAACGCGACCGCUCUGGCAUGCGUCGACAGUAUAUGCAAAGCUACGGCUUGCUCCCCAAAGUUCCACGUCGAAGAUGGGGUAUGCGUCAAGAAUAUCGACACAACCUCGGACAUGAACAAUUGGUAAGUGAUCCGCCCAUUGCAGAGUCCCAUGAUCUCAAGAGCGAACGCUGAUGGAAGAGAUACAAUGGUACAGUGGUGGGAUUGGGAAAGUCUGCUCUACGUCAUACACCAACGUAAGUUCAUCGGAAAACCGCCGCUCUGGCGUUUUCACCGCAUCGAACCAGCUGCUGAACCAGCGCAUCGUGUCGUGUCACAGGGCGUGGGUGGAGUUUGCUCGAACAGCGUGUGCCAGCCAGAAUUGUGCAACACGGGUUUCGCCUUCAACUACGCGACCUCGAAAUGCAUCAAUAGCAUGACGGACAACAACAACUGGUGAGUCCGUGCUCCGAGGUUGGCCCGGUCUCGUCCCCUGUUAAUUCUGCUCUGAUAUGGGCUGGUUAUGGCACACUAGUGGUGCUGUGGGCAAAGUGUGCAGCUUCCCUUACGGCAGCGGUAGUUGCAUAGCCGGGACCUGUUUGCUCUCCUCGUGCAACACCAACUACUAUAACAUUAAGGGGAUCUGCACCUACAUCGAUGUAAGCUAAUCGGGCGGACCUGCUUACAGCGGUGUCGCCGGUGCUUCGCUGACCCCUGUGCUCCUCUCUUGCCUCUGCGCUACCCACAGUUAACUAGCAAUUCUAACAACUGCGGUGCCGUCGGAAACAAAUGCUCGUUCUCGAACGGUCUCGGCAAGUGUAUCACCUCGGACUGCACCUACACCUCUUGCUCAAACGGGUUCGCCUUGAUCAACAACACCUGCGUCGCCGUCGACUACCAGACUGAUAUGAACAACUGCGGGAGCUCGGGUAACACGUGCCAGUCUACCUACUUGAACGGAGGAUCUGGCUCGUGUGUCCAGGGACAAUGCUUCUCCGUCUGUGUCACCGGCUACACCUGGGACGCGACGCACAGCAUCUGCCGGGUGACGUCGAGCGACGUGUACAACUGCGGAGCGAUUGGCAACAUCUGCAGCCCGCUCGGAUCCUUGCCCUCGAUCUGCUCCAACUCACAGUGCUAUGCUUCGGCAUGCCUUCCCGGCUUCGAACUCAUCGCCGGCGUGUGUUACAAGAUCGACACAACCUCCAAUGUCAACAACUGCGGCGCGCUCGGCGCGGUAUGCAGCUUCUACCCAGUCGGCGCCAGCGGCGUGUGCACCAACUCCAAGUGCGUCAUCACCACAUGUCCCGCCAAUUACUCGCUGUCGACCUCGGGCGUUUGCGUCGCUGCUGCCGUCUCGCAGCGUCCGCGCGUGGCCAAGCGCAAAGUCGUCAAACGGACGCCGUGCCCCAAGGGUGAGACCCCCUGUCCUAUCAAGGCCUCGGCGUCGUUCGAGCUCGCGGUCACGCAACACUUCACCGUACCGCACGAUGAGUACACGGGGAUAUUUGCCGGGUUGGGGGGCUACGAAUGCCUCGAUACGCGCGAAUCGCUCGAGUCAUGCGGCGGUUGCUCGAGCACGGACGAGGGGCAGGACUGCACUGUGAUCAAGGGCGGGCUUGGGGUCGGAUGCGAUAACGGAUCGUGCGUUGUCUUUUCGUGCAAGGAAGGGUGGAAGUCCAACGCGCGCGGGACCAAGUGCAUCCGGGCGAAAAACAACGCCCAACCAAACGCCACAAGAAACGCCGCUGCGGCCGUCAGGAAACGCGAAGCCGCUGCGGCGCACCCUCAUCACCACAUCCGUGCGCUGCAUCAACACUCGCACUCGCACGCAUCUAGUCUAUGA